AUGGCCCCCGAAAACUUUCUCCGCCCACUCGGCAAGUUCGAGACAAUGUCAUCGAGCCGCCAUAGCCUGGGUUUCUACCGCCGCGUGAUCAGCACGUGCACAUACGAGCAGGCUCCAUCGCCGACGACAGGCAAUGACACCCAGCCUCUGCAGCAAGUCGUCGAGGCGGCUCUGGCCCGCGUAGUCCUUGAGCUGCCCGGCUUGCGCAUCGCAAUCGCAGACGAGUCGUCCUUGAACCCCAGCUUCGUCGCCGUCCCUUAUAUCGACAUCAGGGGUAACCAUCUCGAGUUCGUCUCGUUGGACCACGUCGACCACGAAGGUGGCGGCAACGAUAGCGGCGGAGACCCUGCCCUGAUGCGGUUCCUCGAGGGCGAGCACGGUAAGCUCUGGCCAGACGUCUCGGCCCGACCGCCGUGGAAGCUCACCGUCGUCCAGCGCGCGGGCUCGCCGCUCCUGGACGUGGUCUUUGCCGCACACCACGGCAUAACCGACGGCGGGGGCACCGCUCGCUUCCACGCCUUCCUCCUCCGCUCCCUGUCCGCCUCGUCGCAGCUCCCAUCCCUACCCGAGCUGUCGCCCGAGAGCGGCGUUCUGGACUGCUCCGCCCACCGGCCCAAUCUAGCCCCGGAAAUGAGCCAGCUCGUCAAGCUCGACGUGUCAUGGCUCUACCUGGCCAAGGAGAUCGUCAAAGACAUGGCUCCCGCCUGGCUGUCGGGAACCGCUCGCCCCUGGGCAGGCGCGCCUCCGAACCCCGAGCCGUAUCGAACCCACCUGCGCCUCAUUACCAUCGCGCCCGAGUCAGCAAGGGUCCUCAAGUCGGCCUGCAGGGCACACCAGACGACGCUGACGCCGCUCCUGCACGCCUUGGUACUCGUGAGCCUCUGCCGCGCCCUCCCGGACGGGGACAGGACCAGCUCGGAGCUCAACUUCGCCGCCGACACCCCCAUCAGCCUGCGUCCUUACAUGACCAGGCCCCUGCCCGCGGGGAUAGACGAGUCGGCCCUGGCGGUGCCCAUGGUGACGACGCACCGACACUUGUUCUCCGGCUCGACUGUUUCCAGAGCCCUCGCCAGCGCAAACGACGAAGACGACGACGACGACGACGACGAGCUGGUCUGGUCCCUCGCCGCCGAGAUCAAGUCCACCCUCGCGCAGAGGCAGGCCACCCUGCCGAGGGACGACGUCGCAGGCCUGCUGCCUUACUCGGGGGAUUGGCGCGCACGCUGGCUCGCCGCCGCCGCGAAGCCGCGAUCUGGCACCUGGGAGAUCUCGAACCUGGGCGCCGUGCCCGAGGCCAUCGCUCCCAAGACCGGGACGGGGUUCGCGCCCAGAGGCGAACAGCAGCAGCAGCAGCAGCAGCAGCAGCCGACGUGGCGCAUCACGCGCAUCAUCUUCUCUCAGGGCACCGACGUGUGCGGCGACGCUUUUGCGCUCAGCGUGGCGGGCGCCCGGGACAGCGGUACCAUCUGCGUCUCGAUUAAUUGGCAGGAGGGCAUCCUGGAUGGCGACCUGAUGGACAGAUUUACUGAUGAGUUCAAGGCGCUGUUGGAACGGACGGGACGCGCCGCCGCGAGGGACACAUAA